UUAUUUCUAAGUUUUUUGCGUUAGGUAAUUUAAACUUUGACUUCUUUCUGUUUCUAAAAGUUACUACAAAAAAAUUAAAAAAGUAUUGGUGGAAGGGAGUUACAAUAUUUGAGGAAACUACAACCUAGUAUUCGUCAGUUUCAUGGAUACUGCCGAUGUGUCGAUGCCGAAGAUAGAAAUUGUAUUUGUUGUGUUAUCAGUGACGGAAAUCGUGAAGGCUUUUUUGAUUAUUUAAAAGAUCGCUUUUAUAGAAAGAGAAAUGAGUAUUAAUCCGAUGAAAUGGAAAACUAAAAACAUUAUAUAUACAAUAAUAAUAAUUUCUAUGUUUUAUUAUCUUUUUAUUCAUAAGGAAACUAAGCAAACGAAGAACGUAGGUAUUAUCAAUAAUACCCAUCCAAUUUAUGUAUGGGAAUUUGUAGCAGAUUUUAGCAAUAUGAAAUUAUUAAAUCCACUUAUAGAUGAUUUCAACAUCACCGCUGAGAGUGGAAAUUACGAUCACUGGCAAUAUUCCGUUGAAUAUAAUGAACAUUUACGUUAUAUAUCAUUCAUAGAAAACUUUGGUGUUGGACAUUAUUCGAUAAAAAAAGAAAACGAUGAUUAUUUAAUAAGUUCGAAUCAUAAUACUUGUUUCUUUGGUUUCAUAUGUGUGAGAACAACAUCUGAAUUUAGAUUCGAAAAAUACGAGGAAAAAAACACGAGGUGCACCGAAACCGUAGAAUAUCAUUGUCCGAUUACUGUUAUGCCUUUGUGCGACGAAGAAGUUAAGGCACAACGGAGCGAUAUAAUGGAUCGAUUAAAGGCGGCGUUUUCAUCAAUAGAAACAUAAUACUUUCGAUUCCUCGAAUUUUUACAGCCUAAUGAAAUAUUUAAAAAAUACGCGUUCAAGAGAUUUUUUAUAUAUAUAUAUAUAUAUAUAUAUAUAUUGUUAGGAUAAUAACGAUAAAAAAAAAAGAAAAUUGAAAAGAUGACAAUUUAUCAUUUUCCUCAAAAAAAACAAAAAAAUAUUCACUGAGAGAAUGAUGUAUUAAAACUAGGAAAUUCUAGUAAAAGAUUAGUAUAGCCAACGUAAGGGCAUUAAACUUCUUAAUGCAAUAAGUGAUAAAGGAGAGAGAUCAACAAUCAAGUUUUUGUAUUUAUAUUCCUACUUGUUGAAAUAUAUCGUUUACAGUAUUUUA